AGGGCCUACGGGCGGGGUGGCACGCCCUGCCCACUCAGAAUCUCAUAUUUGUGUAGCAGUCUGUCUAGCUGCUGUAGUCUGCAGACAGACAGGCAGUCGGCGGGGCCGAACCGGGCUUUUUUGACCGUGGAAGUAUCCCAGCAGCCAGAGCCCAGGGGCGGCCGGUGGGAGGAGGCAGAGAGUCCGCAGCUGCCGCACCGCACAACCUCUUUAACAGCCGCAAGAGGAAGGAGCCGCCCGUACCAGCCAAUGUCUACGGAGCUGUCUGAAGGCCAGGACCUCAACGGGUUAGGAGAGCAGGCAGCAGACGGAACGACCAGACUAGCAGACGUCUGCAGUGGCACGGCGGGCAGCAGCAUGGCGUCCAUAGCAGAAUACUACGCUGGCAAGUGCGUCCUGAUCACAGGAGCCACCGGCUUCAUGGGAAAAGUGCUGGUGGAGAAGCUGCUGAGGUCAUGCCCCGAGGUCAAAGCCCUCUACAUCCUGGUCAGACCCAAAGCCGGGCAGUCCAUGCAGCAGAGGGUCAGCGACAUGAUGAAGUGCAAGCUUUUCGACCGCGUGCGGGAGGACAACCCCGAUUUCCACCAGAAGAUCGUCCCCAUCAGCAGCGAGCUGAUGCAGCCGGGCCUGGCCAUCAGCCCAGAGGACGUGGAGAAGCUCACCGCCUGCAUCAACAUCGUCUUCCACUGCGCCGCCACCAUCCGCUUCGAUGAGCCGCUCAAACAUGCCCUGCAGCUGAAUGUAAUCGCCACGCAGCAGCUCCUCAGCCUGGCCCAGCAGAUGCACCACCUCGAGGCCUUCAUUCACAUCUCCACCGCCUAUGCAAACUGCAACCGCAAGCACAUUGAUGAGGUCAUCUACCCGCCGCCCGUCGAGCCCAAGAAGCUCAUCGAGUCUCUCGAGUGGAUGGAUGACAGCAUCGUGCGAGACAUCACACCGCGGCUGAUCGGUGACAGGCCCAACACCUACACCUACACCAAAGCCCUGGCCGAGUAUGUGGUGCAGCAGGAGCAAGACAAGCUCAACAUUGGCAUCAUCAGACCCUCAAUAGUGGGAGCCAGCUGGCAGGAGCCUUUCUCUGGCUGGAUCGACAACUUCAACGGGCCGAGUGGAGUCUUUAUAGCUGCUGGCAAGGGUAUCUUGCGCACCAUGAGAGCCAACAAUGAUGCGGUGGCUGACUUGAUCCCUGUGGACGUGGUCAUCAACCUUACCCUGGCUGCUGGCUGGUACACUGCUGUACACAGACCUAAAACAGCUCUGGUGUACAACUGCACGACCGGCGGCAUCAACCCGUUCCACUGGGGAGAGAUCGAGCACCAUGUGAUGUCAUCCUUCAAGAGGAACCCCCUGGAGCAGGCUUUCCGCAGGCCCAACGCCAACAUCACCUCCAACUACCUGAUCAACCAGUACUGGAUCCUGGUCAGCCACAAGUUCCCCGCCCUCAUUUACGACCUCUUCCUGCGUCUCUCUGGACAAAAACCGCAAAUGAUGCGCAUCUUUAAUCGUCUGCACAAGGCCAUCAGCCUGCUGGAGUAUUUCAGCAGCCAGGACUGGGAGUGGAACUCUGAGAACAUGAGUAUGCUGAUGAGCCACCUAACACCUGAGGACAGGAAGACAUUUAACUUUGAUGUGCGCCAGCUGAACUGGCCUGAGUACAUUGAGAACUACUGCAUUGGCACUAAGAAGUAUGUCCUGAAUGAAGACAUGUCUGACAUUCCCGCUGCCAGGCAGCAUCUGAGGAAACUGAGGAACAUCCGCUACACCUUCAACACUCUGUUGGUCAUUUUCAUCUGGAGGGUGUUUAUCGCCCGCUCCCAGAUGGCCAGAAACAUCUGGUACUUUGUGGUCAGCCUCUGUUUCAAGUUCCUCUCCUACUUCCGCGCAUCCAGCACCUUAACCAACUGAGUCUUCCUCACCAGCCUCGAGCCAGAGACAGCAGCCCUCGCCUUUAGCUCUCAGCAGGACAAAAACAUCUGAGACUCCGACCAUCCGACUAAAAAACACUCCAAAUCCUCCUUUAGUGUGGAUUAGCAGGGCUCUCUACAGGUGGGGGGGCUGCAGUUGAGUGAAGCACUCAGAAGGGGGAAAAAAGAGGUCUACUAGCCAUGAAUUAUUUGUUUAGUUUGGAAAUCUGUCAUCAGUAUCUGCACUGAUCACUUCAGUCACUAAACCCCGUCCAAAAAAAGUGUUGUCUUUCAUUUUGAACCUACCAUUUUCUUCUCAAAGUGGCCAAUUAUAUAUGCAACAAUAAGCCUUUUGUGUGACUUCCACUUUCUUUUCCACGUCAUUGUUUCCAUCCUUAUGAAUCUAGGUACAUUGCCUUGCCUUGUGAUGAUUUUUUUUCAUACUUGAAAUAUGGCAGUGCUUCAGUGGACAAUUUCUAUAAGAUUAUUUUGUUUUUUUUUUACUGUGGGGAUAUCCAGUUUCUCUCUUUAACAUGCAGGUGAUUUGGAUAUCUGUAUGUCUUGCAUUACGUGUAUCUACUGCCUUUUUAAGAUUACACACAAAGACUGACUGGUAGUUACCUGUCUCAAGGCCAAUCCACAGAUUAUUGAGACUAGUAUUAAAAGCUCAAAUCUGACCACACAAGACAACUGUAUCAAUACGGAUACCAAAACAUACAGAUCUGCCAUCCUUCCUGCUGUUGAGGUUGUCACUUAUUUACUAUCACAAAUGAUAAUGUCAGUAUGUCUGAACAUAAACCUUGUUUGUUUGAAUGCUCAUCCACUUUUUGCCUGUUUGUACAGCAGUUUGUACUGAAACUAAGUUUACUACUUUUACAUCUUUAUACUUGGUCAAAGGCUAGUCGGAUAUAUGUGGUAGACCUUGGCAGUGUAUUAUAUAUAAAUAAGAGUACAUCAGAGUCAAGUUUAUUUGUAUAGCCCCCAUUACAUAUUGUACAAUCUUUUCCAAUAGUUGUCCACCAAGCCCAAGGUUUCUAAGUCAAACUCUCCCAAAAUCUUAGCAGAUGAGGGAAAAACUUCACACGGCAUUUCAGAGAGAUCUCCCCCUCUCCUCAGACAGAUGGGGGAGAAGCAGGAACCAUAGGUGGGAAGGUAACAUUUAAGAAAUGCCAAAUACAACAAUGGGAUUAUAAUAGAUCCAGUGACAUAGUUAAGUCCAAGGAAUGGGUCCAGUUAAAUAAGUCCAGUAUCAGUGCUUCAUGUUAUGUCCAAGGUUGCAGGUAUUUGAGGUAUUUGAGCAGGCAGUUUGGUGGGGGAAGGAGCCAGGUCACUUGAAAGACACUUGAAACCCAGUUUUUUUGCCUCUGGUGUACUAGUGUUAGAUUUGAGCCACAGUGGUGAUAAUCUGUUUUUCUGAAAAAUAUUUACCCUGAAAUGUUGUACCUGUAACAUGUAACAUCACCUGUAACAUCAUUCAACAAUUACUGCUGUACUGAAGGUACAGUAUUUCCUCUGUUCCUCGGCUAGUUCAUCUAGCCUUCUGGAUGAAAAAAUAUUCCGUCAGCUGUAGCAAAAGAGAGAUUUUUAAGGUUCCCAAGUAGCCCACUCACUGCCUGGAUAGGAAAUUAAGUCGCAGCAUAAGGAAACAGGUCAAAAGGUAUUUUUAUUGUAUAACAGACAGAAUGUUUUUUCACCCAGAUGGGUAGAAGAGUCUUGGAAGUUUCAGGAAAUGCCUUCAUUAGCAGCAGCAGCACUUUCAGCAGUGUUGUUUAAACCUUCUGGGUUUUCAGUUAUCAUCAGGUAAUUAUAUUUUACAGAAAAUGAUGGCUGCUGUUACUGUGACUCAAAUGUAACACUAAUAUAUUAGAGCCGUGGAAGUUACAAGAGCUUGUCAAAUCCUGUUGUGAACAGGACAUUUUACAUCUCUGCCUCACCUAUGUGUAAGAGAAGAAAGAUCAUGGAACAAUCAUCAAUGCUGAUUGCAAUAUAGAAUUAAAUGUCAUCUGCAAAGAGGCAAACAUUCAUGUUGUAGCUGCACAUGAGUAAACCAAACAGAAGUACGUAGGAAAAAGAAGUGGACCAAGUCUGGAGCUUUGAGGGACAUUGUACCUUAAUUGAUGGAGAGGUGGACUGCUGUUCAUAAACUGUGACUUAUGUAUUGGUCUGGACCUAAAUGACAAGAAAGCUAGAUUAUAAACAAGGGACUUUUCCUGGUAUUACAUCCAUGACCCCAGUUUGGAAGAUCUGUAAAUAGUUGAGCUUACAUAUUAUUCUUAUAGACUACCAAAAAUUGUAUUUGACUGUUGAUUUUUUUUGCUUGGUGAGUGUCUCCACAGAAUCCUACCACAGAGCUUCCCACAGAAUCUACCAAAAGUGUUAAGAGUGACAGGCAAGUCUGAUUUUUGCUAAACAAACAAGAAAACUGUACAGUAUUGUAUAUGUUGCAAGGCUUGACUCUUGACAGAAUACAGAUACAUAAGUUAUGAGCCUUUAUGGGAGAAAAAGGGACAAAACUAAAUAAAUGUUUAUGCAAAGCCCAUGUCUGUGGUAUAACAAUGGUAACUGUCCCUAAUUUCAGAGGGGGACAAUUAACUAAAAUGUCUGCAGCAGCUCGAGACCUGUACGAUGAAGUGGUUUCGUCAGAAUUGUUCUCAGAAAGCUACAGGGCUAUUGUAACAGUGUUGUCUUUAUGGAGUUUUGAUCUUCUGCGUGUUCGUUUGACCGCAGAGUGCUGCCUUUGCUGUUUCUAGACCAAAUGCAGAGUACUGUUGGCACAGGAAACCAGUUACUGUAUGUAACAAACAGCAACUCAUAAUCAGUGAGGUCAUCUUUUUCUUCUCUGGUGUCAUUUUGCAAACUGCCUGACCACCUUUAUUCCCUGCUCUGACAACACUUCAUUCAAAGUCUGCUUGGCAAAACUGAAAUAAACUAGAAGAGAAAAAGA